CUGAAAGUCACUACGAGUAAAAACAACCCAAUUUCAAAGGUUUUUUGUACUUUUUUCAAGUAGAUAAUCAAAGCAUGUAUUUCAUUUGCUUUUCUUCUGAUUCUUUUCACGAUAUGCUCGACGUUCAUAUUGGUAUUGUUGUGGUACGAGCGAUGUAAACAAAGUCCAGUCGACAGACAUCACAUAAGCUGUAGCAUUCUCGAAUCGAAGUAUUAGUAACUUGUAAUUUAUCAUGAUGCAUCUUUGUCUUCGGUAGAGUCCCUUUUACGGAUGCGUAUCGAAUUGGUAUCACUAUAUGAUCAAACUCUUCCCUAGAAUCAGUGAGAGAAGCACUUAGACAGAGCCAAACACACGCUUGUCAUUGUCAGGAAGUAUUGGAUCCUUUCUGUCUGGUAUAAGAGAAAAAGGCAUUAUAAAAACAAAAAGAAAUUGUUUUUAAUUUUUUAUAAUAACGAGUUUAACCAAUAUGUCUCCUGCUUUCCUUCCUAACGGUGCCACCAAUGACUCUGAAGCUCUAGACGACAGUCGGAUUAUGGGUUACAACCCUUUGGUUCCUCCUGCAUUGCUUCAACAGGAAUUGCCUGCUACCGAAGCUUCCCGUAAUGUUGUUAAGCAAUCUCGUCGUGAGCUCCAAGCUAUCUUAAACAAGACUGACGAUCGUAUCAUUGUUGUCGUUGGUCCUUGCUCGAUCCAUGACCCUCAAUUGGCCAUCGACUAUGCUAAGCUUUUGAAGCCCAAGGCUGAAGAACUCAAGGAUGCUCUUUGCAUUGUCAUGCGUUGCUAUUUGGAGAAGCCCCGUACCACUGUCGGAUGGAAGGGUUUGGUUAACGACCCUAAUUUGGACGGUUCUUACGCCAUCAACAAGGGUCUUCACAUGUCUCGUAAAAUGUACUGUGACGUUACCGAUUUUGGUGUGCCUGUUGCUAGUGAAAUGCUUGACAGCAUUUCUCCUCAAUUCUUUGGUGAUCUUUUGAGUUUCGGCGCAAUUGGUGCCCGUACUACCGAGUCCCAAUUGCACCGUGAGUUGGCCUCCGCCUUGUCCUUCCCUGUCGGUUUCAAAAAUGGUACUGAUGGUACUAUCAACGUUGCCGUUGACGCCAUUGGCGCCACCUCCCACCCUCACACCAUGCUUGGUGUCAACAAGCAGGGUAUUGCCUCUAUUUGUAUGAGUAAAGGCAACAAGGACACUUUUAUCGUUUUGCGUGGUGGUAAAAAGGGUCCCAACUACGACGCUGAAACUGUUCGUAGCGUUCGUGAGCAAUUAAUCAAGUCCAACCUCCCUCCUCGUAUAAUGGUUGACUGCUCUCAUGGCAACUCAUGCAAGAACCACCGUAAUCAACCUCUUGUCUCUAAGACUAUUUCUGAACAAGUUCGUAAUGGCGAUGACUCCAUUAUUGGUCUCAUGAUUGAGUCUCAUAUUAACGAAGGUCGUCAAGAUGCUCCUAUUAAGCCUGGUAUUAAGGAGACUCUCAAAUACGGUGUUAGUAUCACUGAUGCUUGUGUCAGCUGGGAACAAACAACUCCUAUGCUUGAUGAGCUUGCUGAGGCUGUUCGUAUUCGUCGUCAAAAUGCUAAAAACUAAAUUUUUUUGGGAACUCAUUUGUUAUUGGUUUAAUACUGUUCAUAAAAUUCAGCAACAAUAGUAUAAUUCUACGUUAUGGAAAGUAGUAGCUUGGUUUUGAAAGAUUUUACGUAGUGUUGUUUAUUGUCGAUUUACUUGCAUUUCUUUAUUGUUUUUUGGACUAUAAAUAUAUAUUUAUACAUGGA